UUCUGUUCAAGUGCCAUUUCGUUGCAUGCAGUGCAGUCUAUAAAACAGAAUGCGUUCUCCGCGGGUCUCGAGUUUCCUAUCACUUAUCGUCAUUCGUAGCGUAUAAACAUAACAGCACGCGGUCAUUAGCUCUCGAUUCAUAUUGUUUACGUAUUCGUCUGGCACAUGGGAGGGCGGCCGGAGCGCGGCUGAAAAUCGCGUCGAACCCGCUUCGUGUGAGACGACGAGCACGUAUCGCCGUUCGUGGCGUUCCCUCGAGGCGUCGUGAUUACGGAUAUCUGGACGGGACUCACCUCGGACUUCGCGGACGCGCAAAAAUGUCAUCGAGCUACGCGGACGGGUUAUCGCCGUACGAAAACAAAGGAGUGCUCGGGCUGGAAGAGAGAUACGACAGCGUCGAGACUCUUCGUCUGAAAUGUGGUCUCCUGGCCGAGUGGAUACAAGGCGCGCGUCACGUCGUGGUCCACACUGGAGCCGGUAUUAGCACUGCGGCGGGUAUUCCCGAUUUUCGGGGUACAAAUGGUGUAUGGACAUUGGAACAAAAGGGUUUAAAACCUUCCAUGAACAUCUCUUUUGAUGAAGCAAUCCCUACAAAGACCCAUAUGGCAUUGAAAAAAUUGAUAGAAACCAAAAAAGUAAAGUUUAUUAUAAGUCAGAAUAUAGAUGGGCUACAUCUACGAUCAGGAAUACAGAGGCAAUAUCUUGCUGAGCUGCAUGGAAAUAUGUUUACAGAGCAGUGUGACAAAUGUGGCAGACAAUUUAUUCGAAAUUUUGCGACCAAAAGCGUGGGGAAAAAAUCCUUAGAUACUGUAUGCAGAUCGGAACAAAUAGGAGGGCGCCCUUGCCGUGGCCGAAUGCACGAUACCAUUCUCGAUUGGGAGCAUAAUUUGCCAGACAGCGACUUGACACUGUCUGACCUUCACUCCAGUGUCGCCGAUUUAAGUAUAUGUCUGGGAACGACGUUACAAAUUAUUCCAAGUGGUAAUCUGCCUUUAUAUACAAAAAAAUACGGAGGCCGUCUCGUUAUAUGUAAUCUGCAACCGACAAAACAUGAUAAAAAAGCUGAUUUAAUUAUCAAUGGCAACGUCGACGAGGUAAUGAUGGCUGUCAUGAAUAAAUUGGGAUUUGAAAUUCCGGAAUAUGAAAGCGGUAUGGAUCCGACACGAAAUUCCGACACAACGGCUAAAGAGAUGGACUGGACGAUCCCGACCAGCAGAGUAAAGGAAAUGAAUGUGCUGUACAAAAAGGUGUGCAAACCGAUGCGGAGAAAACGAAAAACGUUUAUGUAUGAGAGGGAGAGAACAGACACCAAAAAGGAAACUAAAGCCAGAAAGCAAGCAUUUACAGUUAAGCAAGAAAUCAAAACAGAAGCUAAUAUAACCACAUCGGGUGAAAUGUGUAAGACCGAGAAUGAUCAUGCGGCUGACAACUCCAUUAAGACAGAAGAAAAUGCAAAAGAUGUUGAAAAGUGUAGAUAUUCGAUGGAAGACGCAACGGAGCAUAAUACUGAUCUGAAAAUGAAUCAAACGGUGUAGCAAGUUUUAAUGAAGUAAUAAUUUUCCAUUCUAAUAUUUCGAUUAUUCUCAGUGUACGCUAACAGUUGCUUAUGAGUGCAUAUUUAAUGAUGUUUAUUAUCCGUAUGAAAUAUGCGAUAGAUUUGCUGAUGUUCUCAAUAGGUAUUUGAAGCAUACUCGCUGCACAUUUAGUAUUAAAUGUGGCUCUCUGUCUUUCUCCUCUUUCUUC